AUGACAGAACCAUCAGACUCACAUCUACCUCGUUUUCUGUGGAGCCAAGAUGUGUUUGUUUACAUCAGUGGCGGUGAUGGUGGUGGUACUCGGCGUGGCACGGAGGGGCAGGAAAGCUUGGUGGUGGGGUCUCCAGGGGCGUCCUCCGUGGGCGUGGCGUUAGGGGAUGACUUAGGGACGCCCGAAUGGCUGCAGAAUAUACCAGCGGAGAGUAAGAUUGCCAAAUAUCGGAAGAGAAGGUUCAUAAACUUCCCUACUGGUUCGAAACUUGAGCUGGAGCUUGUGCUGACGGUGCCUACAGAGGGCCUGGGCGAGAGUGGGAGUAUUGUGGUGGAUAAUGACUUAGUGUUUAGCCUUCCUAACGCUUCCCAAGUUCAGUAUUACACGGGGCGCUCUCUGGGACCCGGACAGCAGCGACUAGACCUCUUCUCCCGUGUUGAGGAGUUCCUGAAGGGGUGGGGCUUCGACGGCCAUGUUUGUACCCUGAAGGCGAUCUGUGAUGUGGCUGAGCUGCCCUUCGACCACGGCCUGCUGGGGGAGGUGGUCAACUUGGUGCUCAGAGCCACGGGGACUUCCCACAAUGAGAUAGACAGCGAGGAGGUUCCGGAAGAUGAAUAUUCCCUCGCUUACUACUAUGGACGCCACCACGGAUCCUGCAGCUCCUUGUAUCCGGAAUGCCCGAUUUCUAUCACCAAUAUCGUGUCCCAGGUCAUCCCCAUUUAACCGGAUCCGGACUCAGUUAUUCAGUUAUCCGGAUUUCUUAAAAACAUGCACUCAGUUAUUAAAGUUCUAAGGGUACUAUAUAAAUUCAGUUAUCCGGAUUUCUUAAGAACAUACACUCAGUUAUUAAAGUUCUAAGGGUACUAUAUAAAUUCAGUUAUCCGGAUUCUUAAGAACAUACACUCAGUUAUUAAAUUUCUAAGGGUACUGUUUAUAUUCAGUUAUCCGGAUUCUUGAGUACUAUAUACAGUUAUCCGGAUUCUUGAGUACUUUAUAUAUCCAGCUAUCCGGAUUCUUGGGUACUACAUACACAGUUAUCCGGAUUUUAAGUACUACCUUUACUCAAUUAUCCGGAUUCUUAAGUACGGUUUAACUAUACGUAGGUACAUUCAGUUAUCCGGACUGUUAGCUUAGGGUUAGGCAUACGUAGAUACAUACAUUCACUUAUCCGGACUGUAAGGUUAGGUUUAGAUAUACAUAAAUAUAUUCAAUUAUCCGGAUUCUUCGGUUAGAUUAGGCGCAAAACACCUGUAAGUAGUAUGCAAUUAACCGGACUUGUAGACACCGUUCACAUACAUACAUACAUACAUACAUACAUACAUACAUACAGAGGUUCAGAUGUGUGUAUUAUUUAGUUCUACAUGUGCGUGCUUGUGUGUGUGUGUGUGUGUGUGUGUGUGUGUGUGAUAGGACCACUUAAUAUAAUGAAAUAACUACUAUUACUACUACUGCUACUACUACUAUUACUACUACUACUACUACUACUACUACUACUACUAUAAUCCUUCCUCCUCUCUCUCUCUCUCUCUCUCUCUCUCUCUCUCUCUCUCUCUCUCUCUCUCUCUCUCUCUCUCUCUCUCUCUCUCUCUCUCUCUCAGCACAUCUCCCUUUACUUACUAAACUCUUUUAUCUGAGAAUGUUAUUUAUUGUUAUUUAUUGUUAUUUGUUGUUAUUGUCUUGUUUAUUUAUUUAUUUAUUUAUUUAUUUAGUAUUCUGUGCAGUUUCUAUUGUAUUACUACUACUACUGCUACUACUACUACUACUACUACUACUACUACUACUAUGAAUACAAAUAGUUACCAUGACGAAUUACGACUUUAAAUAACUUAUGACUAACUUCUACUACUACUACUACUACUACUACUACUACUACUACUACUACUACUACUACUACUACUACUACUACUACUACUACUACUACUACAAUGACGACGACGACGACUACUACUACUACUACUAUUAACUUAUCAGACUAGUACGAAGACAAUGAAUGCCACUACUACUACUACUACUAUUACUACUACUACUACUACUAAGACUAUCAUGACUAAAACUAGACAGCCAUUGACAUAUCCAGAUUUCUGUAGACUGUUUGUCUCAUUUUUUUUCAAUAUUCUUCAGAUUUCUGCAUACUUCCAAGAUUUUCUCUAUUUCCCAGAUUUCUGUAGACGGUUUCCAGAUUUCUGUAGACUUUUUCAGAUUUCCGCAAGAUAUCCUCUAGAUUUCGGUAGACUGUUUUCCGUAGGUUUUUGUAGACCCGCUUUUUGUAGACUUUCCUUCAGAUUUUUUACGUGUUCUUCAGAUUUCUGUAGUACACUCUCCAAACAUUUCCUUUAUGAUCAAAUUCCCGUAGGCUCUCCUGAUAUUUCUUUCACGUCCUUCAGAUUUCCGCAGACUCUUUCAGAAUUCCGUUUUCUGUGUGCACUACAAAGUUUGCACCACCCCCACUCUCUCUCUCUCUCUCUCUCUCUCUCUCUCUCUCUCUCAUAUUUUGUUCUCUUUUGUAAUAAAUGUGUGUUCAGUUAA